GUCAAACAUUGAAAUGUGGCGCGCCCGAUGUUUUCCCUCCCAAAGGAGUGGGAGUGUGCAGAGCAGAGAAGCAUGGUUCACGGAGAACAACAUCGCUGAUCCAGAUUACUUCCGGAAGCCACUGGUCUCCUUUCUCGAACGCCACCAUUCCGACCAGAUCCACUCCAUUGUUUCUUCUCCCGAUUCCGACCUUCACUUCCCUCUUUUCGUCGAUUUUGCAGAACUGUUUGAUGAGGAAACUCACGUUGCUUGUCUCCUCUUUGUUCAACCCAAUACCUAUUUGCGAGUAUUCGACGCGGCUGCCAUUUCGGCCCAGCAAGCCGUAUUGGCGGAUGGUAAGAAAGGGGUGGAGAAAAAGUCCAUUCAUGUUCGUAUUAAUACCUGUGGCUCAUUCCUUGAAUUCCCUGAAACUUUUCCAAGCAUUGGACGUGUUCGCGUGGAGCACCAUGGAAUUCUUCUCACUCUCAAAGGGAUAGUGAUUAGGUCUGGAGCAAUCAAGAUGCAUGAAGGGGAGAGGACGUACAUGUGUCACAAAUGCAAAAACAGCUUCCCAGUACAUCCUUUGGUGGAAGCUCGAAACUCCAUAUCAUUACCUUCAAUUUGUCCAAUUCGGAACUCCAAGCCCUGUGCAGGCACGAAAUUCCAGUAUGUAGAGAAUACUAUAGUAUGCCAUGAUUAUCAGGAGAUAAAAAUUCAAGAAAGUACACAGGUGCUAGGUGUUGGGGCAAUUCCUCGUUCAAUUCUUGUCAUCCUAGAGGAUGACCUCGUUGAUGUUGUUAAAGCUGGAGAUGAUGUGAUUGUCUCUGGUGUCUUAACAUCAAAAUGGGCUCCAGAGUUGAAGGAUGUGCGUUGUGACCUUGAUCCUGUAUUAAUUGCCAACAAUGUAAGGAGAGUCAAUGAACUGAAAUCAGAAAUUGAAGUUUUUGACGAUAUUGUUAUGAAAUUCAAGCAGUUUUGGGCUCACUUCAAAGGUUCACCUCUAAAAGGGAGGAAUGCUAUUCUGCGAGGAAUUUGCCCGCAAGUAUUUGGCCUUUUCACUGUUAAGUUGGCUGUUGCAUUAACUCUUAUUGGAGGCGUGCAACAUGUCGAUGCUUCUGGAACCAGGAUAAGAGGGGAGUCCCACUUACUCUUGGUUGGUGAUCCUGGCACUGGAAAAUCUCAGUUUCUGAAAUUUGCUGCAAAAUUGAGCAACCGCUCUGUUAUUACCACUGGAUUGGGAAGCACAAGUGCUGGAUUGACUGUUACUGCAGUGAAGGAUGGAGGGGAAUGGAUGUUGGAAGCUGGAGCUCUUGUUUUGGCAGAUGGAGGAUUGUGUUGCAUAGAUGAAUUUGAUAGUAUGAGGGAGCAUGAUAGAGCAACAAUACAUGAAGCCAUGGAGCAGCAGACAAUAAGUGUUGCCAAGGCUGGUCUUGUAACAACACUCAGCACUAGAACAACUGUAUUUGGUGCUACAAAUCCCAAGGGACAGUAUGAUCCUGAUCAACCUCUGUCUGUCAAUACAACACUCUCUGGUCCUUUAUUAAGCAGGUUCGAUAUUGUCCUUGUUCUAUUGGAUACAAAAAAUCCUGAUUGGGAUGCAGUGGUUUCAUCUCAUAUUCUUUCUGAGGCAGAAUCGGGUAGCACCACUAAUGACGAAGAUCUGGUAAAUAGCUGGCCACUUGCUACACUCAAGAGGUACAUACACUAUGUGAAAGAACAUUUCAGACCAGUCCUAACAAGAGAGGCUGAAAUAAUUAUAUCCAGCUAUUAUCAACUUCAAAGGAAAUCUGCAACUGAUAAUGCAGCUAGAACAACUGUCCGCAUGUUGGAAAGUUUGAUACGCCUAGCACAAGCCCAUGCAAGAUUGAUGUUCAGAAAUGAGGUGACAAGACUAGAUGCCAUAACAGCUAUUUUAUGCAUAGAAUCAUCCAUGACUACCUCAGCUAUCGUAGAUUGCAUUGGGAAUGCUUUGCAUUCCAAUUUUGCUGACAACCCUGAUCAGGAAUGUAUCCUUGCCGUCAUUCUUAGCAUAAAUUAGCCUUACAUGCAUCUAAUGUCACUAUGACAACCAAGCCUUCUCCUAUUAAAUGGGGUUAGUCACGUGGAUCAAUUGAUGUCAUUGGGUGAGUGGGUUCAGCUGCAAAAAAACCAAAAUUACAUUAAAGCCACAUGUGAUAAUUUUGAUACGUAUAUUUUUUAUUCUCGAGCCUAAUGAAGUGAUAGGAUAAGUAAUGUUCUUUAGUUUACACUGAAAUUUUCUUGGAACUUUUUACAUGAUAAUAUUGUUUCAACGAGAUCCUUACUACCGG